AUGCGCAAAUGGUGGAAAUGGGUUCUUGUCCAUGAUCUCAUACAUUCUCUUUUCUCUUUACUUCCAGAGCCUGACGAAAAUGACUGCGACUCAAUUGAACUUCUUGAAUCAUGUUUGAAAGGAUGUGUAAUAUAUCCCCAUCAUUCCAAGGAUAUCAGGCUUCAGACACUCGAUCCUAUGCUAUAUGGUCUUGUCCUGCAGUUCCUGCAGGAUGAGUGGGGAGAGCUAGGGUUUGUAAUCCACGCUGAUGUUGUUCUGGCAGAUCAUGGUACCUGCUUCACGGGCUAUGUUAAAUCUUACUCACAUGUGUUUGUUGAAGCCCUGCACUAUGGAGCAGCAACACAACCCCGCAGAAAAUCAGCUCGAUAUGCCUACUUCAACGGUUGA